GGGGGCUGCGGGCUGACGGCCGCCGCGCGUCCUAGGGCCGACGUGACCCUCACCGACCUGCAGGAGCUGCAGGAGCUGCUGGCCGUCAACAUCGAGAACAACCGGCACCUGGUGACGGGGUCGGUGCGAGCCGAGGUACUGAAAUGGGGUGAGGACGUGUCCGAGUUCCGACCGCCCCCCGAUUACAUCCUCAUGGCCGACUGCAUCUACUACGAGGAGUCCUUAGAGCCGCUGCUGAAGACGCUGCGAGAGCUGACCGGCCCCGAUACGUGUGUGCUGUGCUGCUAUGAGCAGAGGACCAUGGGGAAGAACCCUGAGAUAGAGAGAAGGUACUUCGAGCUGCUUCAGAUGGACUUUGAGUUGGAACGAGUGCCCCUGGAUCAGCACGACGAGGAGUAUCGCAGUGAGGACAUCCACAUCCUGACCAUCCACAGGAAACGAACGAAUUCCCCAUCGUGAGCUCUGUGGCAGCACUGCCUGUCCUUUGGCAGCUGGAUGGGACCCUGCUGAGAAGUGAACCCCACAAAGGAAAGGCCUGCAGCGUUGGUGGCGUAGAGGAGAAGUGGUCUCCUUGGGCUGUGUGCCCCCCCUGCACCUUUCCAUUAGGAAGGCUGUGCUGUCUGCAGGCUCAGACAGAGCGGAGUGGACCCACGGCUCAAUGCAGCGCUGCUCUGUGUUCUCUGUGCCAUAGGCAGCACUGCCCAAGGGGAGAACCCCAUCUGGGGGACAGAUGAGCCUGGAGAGCCACUCAAUAAAACUUUGCUACGUGA